AUGAUUAACAACACUGGACUCUGCGUCAAUGACAACAAUGCAGGAACCCAGAACUGGACUACAAAUGGCUGUGAGACAAAAGAGACCAAUGACAGCAUCACAUGCCGGUGCUCUCAUCUAACAUUUUUUGCAAUACUGAUGUCACCUGUACCUGCAAACAUAUCAUCUUCGGAUUUUACGUCUCUGACCUACAUCACAAACAUCGGCUGUGGCCUGUCCAUGUUUUUCUUGGCAGUGGCUCUCUUCAUGCAUUGGCUUAUAAGAAAAGGGAAAGCGAGCCAAGCAACAAAGAUCCUGAUCAACCUCUUCGUUGCCAUGUUCACCUUGAACCUGUCUUUCCUGAUAAAUGAGACCAUCGCCAACAUAGAGAACUUUGGUGUGUGUGUGGCGAUGGCGGCAGUUAUGCACUACACCUUGUUGGCCACUUUUAGCUGGUUUUUCAUUCAGGGUCUACACUUACAAACAAACAAAAAACCAAAAUGUACAUUGUGCAUAAUUAUUAUCUUAUUUCUGAUUUUCAGGUGCUGGAUUUCUGAUGCAGUUCUCCAGCAGUGGGUGAAUGUGGGUUAUUAUGGUGUGGUUUUCAUCUUCACUUUGAGCAUAUUCAUCAUAACUGUGUAUCAGAUUGUCCUGUUUAAGCAAAGAGCGGUGAAAACUGAUGACCACAGCUCCACCAAGAUAAACACUUUCUCCAUUCUGGGCCUGUUCCUCCUGCUGGGCAUCACCUGGGCUUUUGCCUUCUUCAGCCAUGGACCUCUGCUCAUACCCUCCUACUAUAUCUUCACCAUCCUCAACUCCCUUCAAGGUACACAUGCAGAAAUUUGAAUUACACCCAAACAGACUAAUUCACUUUUCAUUUCGUAAAAUGUUUGUGCCAUGAUUAUUGCAGGUUUCCUGCUGUUCAUCUACUAUUACAGUUCCAGCAAGAUUGUUGGAGAGGACAGAGGGUCCUCAGUUGACAGCAGUAGCAGCACAAAAACAUCACACACAGUUAUCACAUCUCCAUAUCAAUAAAGUGUAUGUAUGCUUUUUCAAACGGGGGUGGGAUAUUGUCCUAUGAGAUUAUUUUGACACAAGAUGGCAGCAUUUCUUUCUGUAUAGUCAAGUUGAUUCUCUGCUGAGUGAGGCACUGAUAUGUUGUUGUGAAAACGUUUUCCAUUUUCCUGACUCUUCCUUUCCAUGAAAUGCUUUGUUUUGUUGACUGAAUGACUACCCUGAUCUAAAAUGGCUCAAUUGGUGUACUUUCAUUGAGAAAAAUAUAUAAUGAGUUGAGCAAUGACAGAGAAAUAUGUAGAGUUUGUUUCUUGGAAGUCAUUUGCGCUGAUGACUCCCAGUUUCAACAGAAGCCUUGUCUUACUCACUGAGAAACGUACACAUAAUGUUGUGAUUCACUCAAAAUAUAUCACAGACAUGCGUACACACGCUUUAGUCAUACACUGGAACGCAGAGUGUAAAUGUUUUGGGAGAAAAGUAUGACCCUUUUAUGACUAAUGUGGUUGUCAUAUGGACUGGAGAUGGCAGAACGCAGAAAAAACAAGGUGAAGGGAAGUCUUGUCCCUCACAUUCUGUACAGUGUUAAGGGCUGAGUUAGCCAGCUAGUGCUUUGCGUGCCUGCAGAUAAUUACCUUGUGCCUACAGAGAGCAGUAUCCACUGCGCAGGGAGCCUUAACUGGCUGACAAGAAAUGAGCUAAUGGCUACCUAUAGUGAUAAGAGGCUUGAGGGCAUGCAACUAUUCUCCAAAAUAUGACUGCAUUUAACUAGAAUUUAUAGCAUUUAAGUAAUUUAACUGUGUCUUGGUAAACUAUGCU